AUGGUAUGCGAGGAGGAGGAGGAGGAGGAGGAGGAGGAGGAGGAGGAGGAGGAGGAGGAGGAGGAGGAGGAGGAGGAGGAGGAGGAGGAGGAGGAGGAGGAGGAGGAGGGAGGGCUGUUACUGGCAAGGCUACUCCCACAAGCCACAGACGCAGCAACGACGGAGGAGGAGGAGGAGGAGGGGGAGGAGGAGGAGGAGGAGGAGGAGGAGGAGGAGGAGGAGGAGGAGGAGGAGGAGGAGGAGGAGGAGAAGGAUGAAGAGGAGGAGGAGGAGGAGAAGGAUGAAGAGGAGGAGGAAGAGGAGGAGGAGGAGGACAUGCAGAGAGGAUGCAAUGAUGGGGUGAGGACGGAACAUGAAAAAGGGGUCAGGGAGUGGGAACUUAGCAGGUUGUUGAUUGGCGUUGGCUCUGCCGUCUUUUCUCGCCUGCGCCUCUCCCCUGAUGCAUCUGCGCCUCUCCCCUGA